AAAAAAUUGAAAAAAAUGAAUAAAAUCAUGAACCCAUCUGAUGUUUGCAAAAUCAGUGACUUGCCUGCUAAUCCGAUCGAAAUGUUUAAUACUUUAAUUAAAAGGGCCGGUGUAAAGUACAUUCCAAUGAAUCUGGCUACCGUUGAUAGCGAAUUUUGUGUUUUGAACCGUACAAUAGUGUAUCGUGGCUUGACUGAUAACUCAGAGAUUUGCUUUGUUACCGAACGUAAUAGCCGAAAAUAUAAGAAUUUAAAAGCAAAUCCAAAAUCAGCUUUGACCAUUCUACUAAAUAUUGGUUUAGAAGAAGAGAACCGGGAAACUUGGCAAAUACGUUUAAUGAAUGCUUGUGCUGUUGAAAUUGAUGAUCAAGCGAUUUUAUCAAAAUUUUGGCAAGAGGAGCCGCUAUUCGCUAAGAUUCGCAGCCAUAUUGUUGAAUGUGGCAAACCGAUGAAUCAUGAAGAGCUCAUAUUAAAACACAACAAAUUAUUAGCAAACUAUCAAUCGGGCCAGAAUACUUUAGAGCAAUCCCCAUCAUAUACCGCUUUUAAGAUAUUACCCAAGUUAUGGGACUUUUAUAAAUCUGAGCCUGGGAAGAUAGCUGACCGCGUGCAAUACAAACUCUGUGAUAACAAAGUCAAUGAAUGGACAACUUAUCAUGUUGCUGCUUAAAAAUCCAUCAAUGGGAAUUGUCAGACUACAUGCUAUAC